CUUCUGUGCGGAACCCCAAAGCUUCGUUCUUCGCUUUCUCUUCUCUCACCACCGUUUCUCUGCAAUUUGCUUUCCUUGGGGGUUUCUCAGUGACAAAAAAAAGACAAUUUAUUUGACCAAAAUACCCUUCUACAAAUGUUAAAACGCAGAUUGAAUUCCUCAUAUUUGGGUCUAUCUUUAAAGGCCUAAAGACUAUGCAAAGGAAGCUUCUUUCAAGCUUAAGGUUUUCUCCCUCCUUCCAUCUCUUUGAUUGGACCUCGAGCUAGCACCUUAAGUACAUUUUCUGCUAUUGGAGCAUCCAACAGGUUUAGAGUUAUAAUUGGAGCAUCCAAUUCUCACAUUUCUGGAUGAGAAACCAUAAUCUGGAUUUUAAUUGAGGAUUGGGAGCAGUACCCACUCUGCUGAGUUUCCUGGGAAUUGCUGCCUGUGCAGCCUGACUAGAAUGUCUUAAGGCAUGAGUUUGCAAUGAAGCCUUAGCUCUUCUUUGCUUUAUUUUAGCCCAAGGAAAUAAAGUAGACUUUAUGCUGUUAGUUUUGAAGUCAUUUAUGGCGACACUUCUUUUCUUUUUUCGCUCUCUCCUUUGCUCCGAAGAGGGAAAUGGUUUUCCAGCUUCUAAACCAUUGUAUUGAGGAAUCUUAAUUCAUAGACAUGUGAUCAUUGUUUCUUUUGCUCUUGUUGAGUGGAGACAAUGAUUCUAACAAAGCAAUAUCGUUGCAUACACUCAUCUAGUUGUCAAUGCACAAAAGGUCAUCUAAGUGAAGAUGUGAUAUUCCUAGUGUUUCAACAUCUGAACUGGAACCCUAAGUUGAUUGCUACUCUUUCAUGCAUAUGCAAAUGGUUUGACGAUCUUGCCAAGAGAGUACUGUGGAAGGAGUUCUGCAAAACAAGGGCCCCAAAGAUGAUGCUUGAUCUUCAGUCUAGUGGAAGUCACAGCGUUGAUGGGAACUGGAGAGCACUUGGAAAGCUGCUUAUUUAUUGUUCAGGAUGUAGCACUGGUGGCUUGUUCAAUAGCAUUCAAAUCCCUGGCCAUUUUGUUUACAGGACCAGGUUCUCUAGGACCUCGGGCAAAAGCUUCCUUUUACCACAAUGCAGAACAGAUGUUUUGUAUGUAUCUGACCCUUGUGAACAUCUAGACCAAGGGGAUGAGGGUGAUGUGGGAUUUUUCCGAGGAAUUUUCAAGUCAUUCUUGGUUUCAAAGGUUCGGAAAAUGUUGAUUGACAGAGGUGCCCAGCUUCAUCCAACAGCAGUGUGUCCUUAUUGUAAGGCAAAAUUGUGGAACAUGCUGCAAGCACAUAUGGUACCACAGAGUGCAAGCUGUAGGUUGGGUGCUUAUGAGGAUUGCAUUGAGUAUUAUGUGUGCCUAAAUGGACAUAUGCUUGGCAUCUGCACCCUUUUACCCUUGUCUGAUUCUGAAGAGGCAUCUGAAUCAGAAUGAUAGUUGGAAUGCCAGCCAGUUUGCUUAUCAUCUCAUGUGUGGAUUGAUCUCCUGGUGGAUCAAGAUAGAUAGAAUGGAGACUAUAUGGGCUGUACCAACUUGCUCAGGACCUGAAAUCUACCAUCAUAACUUGGCCUUUAUUCUCUGAUGUUUUGCUGCUUUGUCUAGCCCCUAGCCUGCCAAGUGUUUUCUAAAAGGGUUAGAAGCUAUUGCUAACCGGUUGCUUUUCAAUUACCCAUUGGUUAACAGUGGUCAUUGUGAACAUGUAUACCGUGUACUUUGUACAUUAAUGUAUGGCGAUAUGUGUUUGAAUAGCUGAUUGGUAUCUUCAAUAAUUCUUGAAGUUGUCGUUUAGAGUACUUCAUUCCCUUCGCUGUUUACUUGCUUUCUUCCCAAAAUUGCAUCCUGAUGUGGAAGGUUGUCUCGUGUAGACCUUGGGAGUGGAUCAUAUUUCGUCUGUAUCAAGAAGGGGAAGGAAGAAAGAACUACAAUUAUUGUGUAGCCUUAAAGAAAGACCCAGAACUUGAGUAGUCUUCUAUUCAUUGUAAAUGCCAAUUUGGAUCUUCAACUAUUGCUUUCA